GACGCUCCAGUGUGACCCUCGACGUGGCCUGUUAUUGCGGUAUUAUUACGGCCCGCCCCCUCCGCCGGUUGCUCCAGUCUCACCGGGAGGAGCGGAGGAGGAGGAGGACGGGUUACUCCGGCACCUCCAUCCCAGACUGGAUCUACCGGAUUCCACCUGUCGUGAGCGCGGCGCGCGAACCCGGAGCUCCGCGAGCCUGCGGCUUUUCUCCACGCCGAGACCCGCUGAAGCCGCGGCGGUAGCCGCGGGGAUUCUGUCAUCUCGCCCGGGAACCAAGCGGAGGACAACGCGGAGGAUAAAUCCGGUGGAUGGUUUUGUCCGCAGUGCCUGAUCCAGGGAGCGAACUCGGGAGCAGGAUGUCCAGACAGCAGCCGCCGCUGCCGCAGCAGCCGCUGCAGCGGGGCUCCGUCAAGCGCUCCGACAACCUGAUAGAGGUCAAGAGCAAAUUCGAGGCAGAGUACCGUCGCUUUGCUCUGAAGAGGAACGGCCCCGGCGGCUUCCAGGAGUUCUACCGCCUGCUGCAGAGCGUCCACCACAUCCCCGGCGUGGACGUGCUGCUGGGCUACGCCGACGUGCACGGGGACCUCCUCCCCAUCAACAACGACGACAACUUCCACAAGGCGGUGUCGCUGGCCAAUCCGCUGCUCCGGAUCAUCAUCACCAAGAAAGAGGACGAACCUGUAGUUUUCGGCACGAACUCCCUCCAGCGCCGUAAGAAGGGGCUCGGCCUAUCAGGACUGCGCACUGCCACUUUAGGCUCCGCCCACUCCAAGAACAAGUCGGGCCUCCUGAUCGGACGGCCGCAGGACUUCCGACAAAUCUCCUCCAUCAUCGACGUGGACAUCCUGCCGGAGACCCACCGGCGGGUGCGACUGCACAAGCACGGCACCCACAAGCCACUGGGCUUCUACAUCCGUGACGGGGUGAGCGUGCGCGUGACGCCGCAGGGCGUGGAGAAGGUUCCUGGAGUCUUCAUCUCUCGUCUGGUGCGAGGCGGGUUAGCCGAGAGCACGGGGCUGCUGGGAGUGAACGACGAGAUCCUGGAGGUGAACGGGAUCGACGUGGCGGGGAAGUCUCUGGACCAGGUCACAGACAUGAUGGUGGCCAACAGCCACAACCUGAUCGUCACCGUCAAGCCGGCCAACCAGCGGAACAACGUGGUGCAUCGUGGGAGCAAGGCCUCGAUGGGGAACUCCGGCUCUGUGGGCUCGGCUGGAUCGACGGGCUCGGCUCUGUCGCACGACUCCCCGAGCCCCGCCUCCCAGAGCAACCCCAUCACUGCGAGCAACAGCAUCGCGGAGGGAGAGAGCGAAGACGACGAGGACGACGGCGACAUCAUUCUGGAGAACGACUGCAUGACGUCCUACGAGUCGCACCGGUCGGCCCACGGCAACGCCGCCGCCCUCAGCAGAGACUCAGCCAGCAACGGGCCGAACCCCCCCGUCGCCGCCGCCGGCCGGCCGCUCCCGCAGAGCGUCUCGUUACCCAACAGCAUCUUGGCGUCGCUGAGCGACGGCGCCGCCACGUCCAAUCACAACGGGAACCCCACCCACGCCGGCGCCGCCACCAGCGGCAGCCAGCAGAGCAUGAGAGAGGACGGCACCAUCAUCACCCUGUAACCGUGGCGACGCGGACGCCGCCGCCGCACCCGGGACCGCUUACGGGCGCGGCGCCGUAACCAUGGCAACCAGCCUCCGCGGCGUCUCUUCCUCUUUCCAGGUUCUUCCUGUCGGUUCCUCCUCCUCGUCACACUGCAGCCACACGUCAGAGUCACCGAGCGCCGCCGGGUUCUAGCUGGGGGUCACGGGAAGGUCACGGCAGGAGGGAGUCGCUCUGGUCCUUGCAAAGCCAUACGUCUGUGACGUGAUCAGCGGCGCCACAAACUGUUCACAGCGGCUCCACGCAGUAUUGUGCGAAUCGAUGCCACAGGUCAGAGCAGCACGGCGGCCAGUGGAGGGCGGCCGUCCGUCCACCGCAGGUUCAUGACCUGAUCAGUGAUCAUCAUGAAAUGGUUUGGGGAGUUUCGAAUGUAGUAAAGCUAAUAGAGAAUCAAUAGAGAGUGUAUCCUUCGUUAUGUCAUCCUCGAUCCAUAUUUUUGAUAAAAAACUCCCAAAAAAGAGUUUUCUUUAUGUAUAAUUGGCUUUAUUUAUUCCAUUUUGAAGGGAUUCCCAACAUGUUUUGAGCAGAAUGACGUGACGACUAAAGCCCAACCAUCAGUCCCUCAUCGCUCAGAGCAAUAAGACGCUGAGACCCGUUUUCCCUCCCCUCGCCACGCCGGACGUGUCGCUCCUCACUGGCCGCUGUGCUCGUGCAAUAUUCAGAUAGUGCCUGACGAAUGAGCCGGACGGACGACAGCGGAGAGGAUCAGUGGAUUCAUUGUUUCAUCCCACUUCCAGGUUUUAAUCGGUGGCGAAUAUCGGUCAUAUCUCUAAGAUUAUACAUAUUUUAAUUGUCAUUUUUUUUAAUCAAGAUUUUUAUUUUUUUGCACCAAAUAAAUAAAUCGUUACCGUCAUCUCUGCAGGUUCUUUGAAAAGCUUUGGAUUUAAGCUGGGAAAAGGUGUUUUAUUUAACUGUCUGACAACGGAUGUCAAAAAGCAGCUUUCAGAGUCGGCUGAUCACAUCCUGACGGACAUUUAUGUCUCAUUGGUUUUAUUUUAGCUCCCGCAGCUCCUAAAUCUAAAGCUAAAGGGACCGUUUGACAUCCAGCAGAGCUGAGGAGACGCUUUCUCUUUUAACUCUCCAGUUUUUAAUUCCUAAAUUCAAAUGAAAAUUACUCUUUUUUUGGGGGGAGUUUUUUUACAUAUCUAAUGGUCAAAAUGUCCACGCUGGCUCUUAUUAUAUUAUUGGUUGGGUCUAGCAAUUGUUGCUUCAAAAAACUGGUGUUUCACUGUAGGGGAGAUGUAGUUUCUUAUUUACCGAUUUACUGACGCUGAAAUUUAGAAAAUGUGAUCAUGAGUUUCAGCCCUUUGAGAAUAUCGGUUUUCCACUGGUGAUGUUCAGUUUUUAAGAGUCAGUAUGUCCAUUUAAAAAUCGAUCACCAUGGAAACUCAGCAAAUUACUUUAUGCAACUUCAGUUCUUCACAAAACUUCAAAAUAUUUCAUCACUUUGAGAAUUUAUGGUGGGGGGGGGACAGGUGAAAUAGAAUUUUUUCCAAAUUUGAAAUGGGAUUUUUUUUUUGUCUUUGAUGCAUAAUUUUCAUUUUUUGUUUUUUGUACAGCAUCAUAUUUAAAAUAUUUACAAUUUUAAGUCUUAAAAAAACGAAUUGUAUUGUUUUUCCAUCAACAAUAAUAAAAUCAAGUAAUCAAUCUGAAAGUCCAUUUUUGGUUGUUGUGUGUUGGACUGAAGUUUUUAAAGAAAUUUGUGCAUCAAAACAAACUAUUAAUUUGAAAAGUAGCUUAAUAAAGCCGUUCAAUAGAUCCACAAAUUGAUAUUUAAUGACCAAAGUUUAACACCAUAGACACUAAAACAGCCAAAAGCGAUGGAAAAAUGAACCUAAAUGGACAAAAGUGUUCCCUGAGGGUUAAACGGAUGAGUUGUCCAGCGCUGUAAAGACGUCCCGUCCUCCUGUCCUCCAUGUCUGUUCAUGCAAGUUGCUGAAAGGACAGUGAAAUGUUCUGGUGUGUGGUUCAGGAGCUGCCGUCGACCACUCCGUCCGUCAGCCCAACCAUCUCCGCUCACACAGGAAACAUGGAGCUGAGCGUGUGUUUCCCCAGUCUGAUGUCAACUUCCUCAUGCAUGCACACACACACACACACACACACACACACCACACACACACACACUUUUGUAUAUAAACAAAACAGACCUUUUAUGGAGGAGAGCAUUUUAUAAAAACGUGUAAAAUAUGCACACUAUUUUUCUAAUGUCUGUAUGAGGAGACGGUGUGUGUGAGUGUGUGUUGUGAUCUCGUUCGGUGUGUGUUUGUGCAGAGUUGAGCAGUGUUCUUCACACAGGGAUUUCCAUGCGUUUGCCUCAGUCGCUGUGAAUGCAUGCGUCACGAACGGAGCUGGACGGUCUGAUCGCAGCUUCCUGAACAUCUCGGUGUGGAUUUCCUCUCUGAAGUCGGGGAAUUGAACAUUUUUUAACCGUUUCCUGUGCUUCUUAGUGAGGGAUGUGGACUGCCUCAUUGAGAGUCUACAUGUUCUUCAUGUCCAUCCAGGUUCUCAUCGCGACAAUGUUUCAGUGCCCAUGUUUGUUUUUGCUUUUUCUUUUUUCCAUAUCGCAUUAAAGGAUGUCAGAAGAAAGAAAGAAAAGUGGCUGUCAGCAGGAGCAGAGAGGAAAUAUCCCUGUAAUCUGUGACAAACUGAUUUAUUACAUAUGAAAUUAUCAUGAAAAUCAUCAGCUUCAGUUGUCUCAAAAUAUUACAAUAUUUGACAAAAUUAGAUUUUUUUUUUCAUAAUUUCUCUAAAUUCAGACGCCAUAAUCAACAUAACUUUAGACAUGUUUGUUUUUUAUGGUUCUAGACGUUGGUGAGUGCUCGAGCCCCUGUGCGCACUAACCACGUUUACACUGAUCUGGAAGAAAUAUCUGUUUAUGCAAGUUAUAUCUAAAUGAAAUGGCCUGUUUUCUGAUUCUGUGAGCUGUCACUUUUUUUUUAUUUUAUUGUAAUUUUUGGGGGAGGUACGGUUUCUUGGCCUGUGUGACACUGAUCCUCUCCGAGUGCCCACUGCUCACACGGCCAGACGCCCGGGACGCUUUGAAACGCUGGCGAUGGAGCAGGUGAACCGGUGAAUGAACUGACUGAUGUCCCCUCUGACCUGCCCCCGCGGAGCCGGAGCAGCCGAGCUGCGAGUGGCGGCAGGUCGUAGAAAAAUGAAGGAAGUGCCUUUCUGAAGCGGUUUUACCGGAUGUCGUGUCGACGUGGAGAAAACUGGACACACUGGACGUGCCACGCAGCUGCUGUCUGUAUCCAAACUGUGAAAGUCUUUCAGAGAUCAGAUGUGAUGAUGAUGAUGAUCAGAAUAUAAUGUUAUGCUGAUGAAGUAUUAAUAAAAACCAUAA